AUGCCUGCCCCGGCGCCUGAAAUGCCGACAUUCACUCCUUCAACGUUAGUCCAGGAGGUCAUUGGAACGCAACAACCAGUCCUACCUCGACAAGUUGUUCUCACACAGACGAUCACCUACGCCGACUCUACAGCGACAGCCCUCGUGACUCUCGACGGCGUUGGUCCCACGGCUGCGCCGGCCCCGGCGGUCCACGGAUCCGCAGCAUCCGAUGGCCUGACACAACAACAGAUCGGCAUCAUAGUCGGCACGCUCAUCGGCGCCGUGGUCGUCGGUUUGGUGAUCUGGAUGUUCUGCGUCGCCCGCCGACGCCGGCAGGCCUACAUCGACGCCUACUUUGAGGGCUGGAGCGAGUCGAGCAUCACGUCCAGCAUGAUCGCCGACAUCCUGCCGCCGAGGAGAAGCUAUUGGCCCCCGUUCCCGCGAUCAAUACCACCGCCCGUCGUACCAAAUUAUAGGGCACGGGUACCGUCGCCGAGAUGGACGGCGAAUGAUGUGGGGCGUCGGGCGACGACAACUUAUGUCUAUGGGGAAGGAUAG